AUGCUGCCUCUAAUGGGGGGUUUUCUCUAUGUAAGGUUUGCCGGGGGGAAGUUGAAUGUUUGCCACAAUGCGGUGGAUCGCCAUGUCGAGAGCGGACGAGGAGAUCAACCGGCCAUCAUUUAUGACAGCCCAGUGACUGGAACUAAGCAGACCAUCACUUUUAGAGAACUACAGGAACAGCCCAAGAUGAUAGUGACGGCCUCCUUUGGCAUUGAGCCUGGCAGGAGAGUGGAGUACAUUCCCCUGGUGGAGAAAGCCCUGGAGCUCAGCUCUCACAGUCCCUCCAAGGUCCUCAUCGACAACCGGCCCGGCAUGGAGAAGGUGGCCAUGCACCCUGACCUCAGUCUGGACUGGGAGGAGGAGAUGUCCACUGCACGUCCUCAUGACUGUGUGUCUCUCUCUGCCAGCCAUCCUCUAUACGUCCUCUAUACGUCUGGGACCACCGGAGCUCCUAAGGGCGUUGUCAGGGAUACUGCUGGGUACGCUGUGAUGUUGACGUGGACCAUGGCAAACGUUUAUGGCCUCAAGCCUGGUGAAGGUAAGCCUGUUGGGACACCGCGCCCACUGCCAUCCGAGCCAUCCGCCAGCAGGACACCCAUUCCGCCAUAG